AGCGACAAACUGGCGCUAGCUUUUGCGCAGCGCAGCCGCACAGCGCAGCCCCAUGCGGUGCUCCAUGCGAGAGCCAUCAAUAUCAUUCGCCUGUCGCCGCGGGCGGGCCCCAUGAGGACACCCUAGUCUCGGUCGCGGGCUGCCCCAAGCUGCGAAUCCACCGGUGGACAGUAUGCUCGGCGCCCUCCGAUUAAAGGCGAAAGCCGCAAAAGUCGGCGUCGAGGACGACUCGGCCACGCUGUCGACCUGGAGUGUAGCGACGGCGUCGACCAUUAGUGAAGCGCCGGCGCCCGCCGCGCCCGAGGCCGAGGCGCCCGCGGCCUACGCUUGUACUCCCGCCCCCGCGCCCGGCCCAGCACCUGCAAUAGAACCCUCGUCCCUAGAAAAGCUGCGCGAGAAGUGGCAGGAACUCUACAACAGGGCCGCGGACAACGCGGUCAAUCGCUGGUACAAAAAGUGCAAAAGACACGGCGCGUUCAUUUUGCUGAGUCCGCCGAACCAGGCGAGGUGCGUGCAAGCAAGGACGCUGAAGCUCGCCAAGCCUCGGUGGUCGCCCGCUUCCGAACGCAUCUUCAAAUAUCUACACUUGGCGCCGUGCGAGGUCGACGUCUUGUAUUCCUUAUUUCGGACGGCCGACGCCGAUAACUCCAACACCUUGGCGGUGGGCGAGUUGAUGGAGUUUCUCGACUUAAAACAUUCGGACUUCGCGAACCGGGUCUUCUGCAUGCUGGAGUACAUGCGCGGCUGGCACGUGUCUGGGAGUUGCGAUUUUGAAGCUUAUGUCGUUUCUGUCUGGAACAUCUGUACGUUAGAUACGGACGAGUUUCGGGAUUUCGUCUUUGAGUUGUACGAUGCGGAUGAAAGCGGUUACCUGGACCGGGAAGAGGCCCUCGACCUAGUUGUGGACAUCACGACGGAGGCGUUCGCGGGUACGGAAAGGAGUGCAUUGCUGUUACAAGAUCUAGUGACGCUGAUCGCCGAAAGCCCACUGGAGGCCAUCUCCAAGGAGGACUUCAAGGAAUUUACGGCUUCUAGACCGGCGUUGCUAGGACCGGGCUACCAGCUGAGACAGCGCAUGAGAAUGAAAUUCGGCGGCGAGGCCUUCUGGGACUGGAUAGCAAUGCGACGCAAGGUCCAGGGCGGCGUCGCGGCCGUCGACGAGGCGGGGCAAAUAUCUUCCACAUUUGUACCCUUGAGGAGGUUACUCCUGGACUACGAUGAAAGCAGGAGUGAACCGCCCAUGGUCCACGAGCGGAACCACGACCAGGAGAACAUCCGGCAUCGCAUACGGAAGCGCAAAUUACAAAUCAUCGAGAAGAUCAUUUCCCAGCGGAGCAUGUCGAUGUGUACGACCGUCGUAAGACAGAACAAGCAGAACCCCCUCAUGGCCGAGUUCUUGCAUGAACGAAGGAUAGGGUUGGAGAUGUUGGACGAGAUGGAGGAGAUGCGGAGAGAUGUCGAAGAGGGGGCCUUCCAGCUGCCCGCUGCGUUCCGAGACGACGUGGAGCUGACCUCGAAUAUGAUGCGCCUCAAGUCGAUGGAGAGCGAACGGAAAUUUAGGGAUAAAGAAAGAUCGAAGUUAGUGAAGUGGAUCGGCUACUCGGACAACUUCGAGAAGAUCUACGACGACCCCGACUUCUCUACGAUCAAGGAGAAGGCUCGGGAACGCCAAGCGCUCAAAGACCUCGAGAACGCGGGCAACCCGGAGAUCGCGCGGCAGCUCGAGGCGAAGCGCAAGGCCGAGGAGGAGGCGCUGCAUCGCGCGCGGACGUCGUCCGCGGCCUUGGCUCGUGCUGCGAAAGCUCGGUGGGCCCAGGUUCAAGAAAGGAUGGCCGCGACCGCAGACCGGAAGCAGGAGGCGCGGACGGCGCGUUUGGCGCAGAUCGCGGAGCUGGCGCGGCAGAAAGAGCUCGAGGCAUCGUCGUCGUCGGAGUAUGAGUCCGGGUCCGAGGAGGAAAGCGGCGAGGAGAGCUCCGGCGACGAGGCGACCGGCGAGGACGGCAGCGCGGCUUCCCCAGAGGAGGAGGCGAGCGCCGAGGACGGCGCCCUGGAAGACAUCGAAGAGGGGGAGGAGUCCGAGGACGAGGUCAGUGACCUGGAGGAGCCUGACGGCGCGCCGCGAAUAGUUGAUGACUAA